CCCCUCAGUUAACAUUUCCGCCCUUUCCAAACGCGGCUUCCAAAAGACGCCAGUGGCUGUCCUAUAUAUUGCCUGCUGCAAAUUAGUCUUGUAAAACAUUUUUGAUCUGUUGCUUGCGUUGGAUAUCCAUAUACGUGAGCCCAAACCAGCAGCUUUGUUUUGAUACAUUUUGCGUGUAUUGUUAGCAGAGUAGGCAAUUCUCUGGACGGCAUUUUGUGAGAAUUCUGUAGGGCCCCGAGUACGGUCGAUUUGUCGUACAGGACGGCGCGAAAUGGCGGUCGAAUGAUUGGGGCUUACUAUCCAGCCAAAUCUGCUGCCAUCCUUGUGUUGUGCGAUCUGUAAGAGCCACGAAUACCGUGCGGAUACUGUAUCGCUUUAUUUCCGGGAAAUCUGCUCACGAAGGAGAGAUCAUGGUUGACCAGAAGAUCACGGCAGUGUCAGGCUCGGACUUGUGGAAAGGCUGCAACGGCCCGGACCUAGGGAGGCAGGAUUUUAGGGGACGGCAUGCCACCUAGCCACGUCGCAUUGUUUUGUGGUUGAUAUUCUACUGUGUGGAUCUCGACGCCUCUUUUCAUCAUGUUUCUUUACAAUAUUACCCUACAGAGGGCCACAGGCAUAAGCUUUGCCAUUUAUGGCAACUUUUCAGGAACUAAAAUGCAGGAAAUUGUAGUUUCACGUGGGAAAAUUUUGGAGUUGCUUCGACCUGAUGCUAAUACUGGUAAAGUGCAUACACUUCUGACCGUGGAGGUGUUUGGUAUUAUACGCUCCCUUAUGGCAUUCCGCUUGACUGGUGGCACAAAGGAUUAUAUUGUUGUAGGGAGUGAUUCUGGGCGCAUUAUCAUCCUGGAGUACCAUCCUUCUAAGAACAUGUUCGAAAAGAUCCACCAGGAAACCUUUGGAAAGAGUGGUUGUCGGAGGAUUGUACCUGGCCAGUUCAUUGCAGUGGAUCCCAAAGGCAGAGCUGUAAUGAUAAGUGCUAUUGAGAAACAGAAAUUAGUCUAUAUUCUAAACAGAGAUGCAGCAGCUCGACUUACCAUUUCUUCUCCUCUGGAAGCACACAAGGCCAACACUCUAGUGUAUCAUGUUGUAGGCGUCGAUGUUGGCUUUGAAAACCCUAUGUUUGCCUGCCUGGAGAUGGAUUAUGAGGAAGCUGAUAAUGAUCCAACUGGAGAAGCCGCAGCCAACACGCAGCAAACAUUGACAUUUUACGAGUUAGAUCUGGGACUGAACCAUGUUGUGCGAAAGUACAGUGAGCCCUUGGAAGAGCAUGGAAACUUCUUAAUUACAGUUCCUGGAGGAUCAGACGGGCCAAGUGGAGUGCUUAUUUGUUCAGAAAACUACAUCACAUACAAAAAUUUUGGUGAUCAGCCAGAUAUUCGUUGUCCUAUUCCUAGAAGACGGAAUGACCUUGAUGAUCCAGAGCGUGGCAUGAUAUUUGUCUGCUCCGCUACACACAAAACCAAAUCCAUGUUUUUUUUCUUGGCUCAAACUGAGCAAGGAGAUAUUUUCAAGAUUACCUUAGAAACUGAUGAGGACAUGGUUACAGAAAUACGCCUCAAAUACUUUGACACUGUUCCAGUGGCAGCAGCUAUGUGUGUGCUUAAAACAGGCUUUCUCUUUGUGGCCUCAGAAUUUGGAAACCAUUACCUUUAUCAAAUUGCUCACUUGGGUGAUGAUGAUGAUGAGCCGGAGUUCUCCUCUGCUAUGCCCCUUGAGGAAGGAGACACUUUUUUCUUUCAGCCACGCCCUUUGAAGAACCUUGUGCUUGUAGAUGAACAAGACAGCCUCUCCCCUAUUAUGUGCUGUCAGAUUGCGGACUUGGCCAAUGAAGACACACCCCAGCUAUAUGUUGCUUCUGGUCGAGGGCCACGAUCAACGCUCCGGGUUUUAAGGCAUGGACUUGAGGUGUCUGAAAUGGCUGUCUCAGAGCUGCCUGGUAAUCCAAAUGCUGUAUGGACUGUUAGGAGGCACAUCGAAGAUGAAUAUGAUGCGUAUAUCAUUGUAUCUUUCGUGAAUGCCACUUUGGUACUCUCCAUUGGUGAAACUGUAGAAGAAGUGACUGAUUCUGGUUUUCUUGGGACUACUCCAACUCUCUCAUGUUCCCUACUGGGUGAUGAUGCUUUGGUUCAGGUGUAUCCUGAUGGCAUCCGACAUAUACGUGCAGAUAAGAGAGUAAACGAAUGGAAAACACCAGGCAAAAAAAUCAUUGUGAAAUGUGCUGUAAAUCAGCGUCAGGUAGUGAUUGCUCUGACUGGAGGAGAGCUGGUGUACUUUGAGAUGGAUCCUUCUGGUCAGUUAAAUGAGUACACUGAAAGAAAAGAAAUGUCGGCUGAUGUGGUAUGCAUGAGCCUGGCUAAUGUACCUGCUGGAGAACAGCGCUCCCGAUUUUUGGCUGUGGGGCUUGUUGAUAACACAGUUCGCAUUAUUAGCCUUGACCCUUCGGACUGUCUGCAGCCACUCAGUAUGCAGGCAUUGCCCGCACAGCCAGAGGCACUAUGUAUUGUAGAGAUGGGAGGUGCAGAGAGACAGGACGAACUGGGAGAACGUGGCUCUAUUGGUUUCCUUUACCUUAACAUAGGGCUUCAGAAUGGUGUGUUGCUUAGAACAGUAUUGGACCCAGUUACUGGUGACCUUUCUGAUACCCGGACUCGAUAUCUUGGGUCUCGACCUGUUAAACUCUUUAGAGUUAGAAUGCAGGGGCAGGAGGCGGUCCUGGCCAUGUCAAGUCGCUCCUGGUUGAGCUAUUCUUAUCAGUCACGCUUCCACCUCACCCCACUUUCAUACGAGACCCUGGAGUAUGCCUCUGGCUUUGCAUCUGAACAGUGUCCUGAGGGAAUUGUUGCUAUUUCUACAAACACACUGAGGAUCUUGGCACUGGAGAAAUUGGGAGCAGUGUUUAACCAGGUGGCUUUCCCACUUCAGUAUACUCCACGCAAGUUUGUCAUUCACCCAGAAAGUAACAAUCUUAUCAUUAUUGAAACUGAUCAUAAUGCUUAUACAGAGGCUACAAAAGCCCAACGUAAACAACAGAUGGCUGAGGAAAUGGUAGAGGCAGCAGGGGAGGAUGAAAGAGAACUGGCAGCAGAGAUGGCAGCUGCAUUCUUGAAUGAGAAUCUGCCAGAGUCUAUCUUUGGUGCACCAAAGGCAGGCAAUGGCCAGUGGGCAUCAGUCAUUCGUGUCAUGAACCCUAUCCAAGGAAAUACUCUUGAUUUGGUGCAACUGGAACAAAAUGAGGCUGCUUUCAGUGUGGCAGUUUGUCGCUUCACUAAUACUGGAGAUGACUGGUAUGUCUUGGUGGGGGUGGCUAAAGACCUUAUUCUGAAUCCCCGGUCUGUUGCUGCUGGAUUAGUGUAUACUUAUAAACUGGUGAACAAUGGGGAAAAAUUGGAAUUUGUACACAAGACACCUGUUGAGGAGGUCCCUGCUGCCAUUGCACCAUUUCAAGGGCGAGUUUUGAUUGGAGUUGGAAAGUUAUUGAGGAUAUAUGACCUUGGAAAAAAGAAGCUUCUGAGAAAAUGUGAAAAUAAGCACAUACCCAACUUUAUUGUGGGCAUACAAACUCUUGGGCAGCGUAUCAUACUGUCUGAUGUGCAGGAGAGUUUUGUAUGGGUGCGUUACAAGCGCAAUGAAAACCAACUGAUUAUAUUUGCUGAUGACACGUACCCACGCUGGGUGACAACCUCCUGCCUCCUGGACUAUGAAACAGUGGCUGGAGCAGACAAGUUUGGAAAUAUCUGCAUAGUUCGAUUACCUUCUAAUACCAAUGAUGAUGUUGAUGAGGAUCCUACUGGUAACAAAGCAUUAUGGGACAGAGGUCUUCUGAAUGGAGCAUCUCAGAAGGCUGAAGUAAUUGUAAAUUACCAUGUGGGAGAGACUAUUCUUUCGGUACAGAAGACUACACUAAUCCCAGGAGGCUCAGAAUCCCUGGUUUACACUACCUUAUCAGGAGGCAUUGGUAUUCUUGUACCAUUCACAUCACAUGAGGAUCACGAUUUCUUCCAGCAUGUGGAAAUGCACCUGCGUGCAGAGCAUCCUCCAAUCUGUGGCAGAGACCACUUAAGCUUCCGCUCAUACUAUUUCCCUAUCAAGAAUGUGAUCGAUGGUGAUCUAUGUGAGCAGUUCAAUUCAAUGGAACCAGUCAAACAAAAAAGUGUUGCAGAGGAACUGGACCGGACACCACCCGAGGUUUCUAAAAAGCUUGAAGACAUUCGUACGCGUUAUGCCUUUUAAUACACUGUCUGUGUCAAUUCAAUUGCACUGCUCUCCCCUUAAUUUGACUUUUGUGUUUUUGUGCAACACAUUGCUUUUUAUAUAUUUACAUCAUUGGCUUUGUGGGAGUAAGACUCCCAAGAUUUGAGGUUGAUAAAAGAGCAUCAAAGGAGUGUUUUGGAUGUCAUUGCAGUAGUAGUAGAAGUGAAGUCUGUGCUUCUGGAGCUCUUCUGAAUGGUCAUUGGUUGAAGACCCUAUCUGGUGUACGCAGAACUGUGAAUUUGAUUUUAUCAUGGCCAUAUUCUGGCCAACCCUUUAUCAGCCCAUGACCUGAUACUGUGUAACUGACCAUACACAGGCAAGGACAACUGCAGUAGUUCUGUUUGUUUGGACAGUCGGGCUGAAUGGCUCUAUCUGACGGUGGUUAUGGAGUUGCAGCUCCUCUUCCUUAUCGGCUGCUGCACCUGCCAGAAAAGUGCACUGGCAGAUUAUAUUUUCGGUUUGGACAGAUGAACACCAAUCUGACAUGGAUCCCAUAUGGUUAGAUUUUGGGGCUCAUGUCUUAUUCUGCCACUCUUUCUUUAACUUGUAAAUACUGUUUUGUAUAAUGAUCAGUUUUGUUUUGUAAAAAGUGUUUCAUGAAACAAGAUUCUGUCUGAAAAUUGUGACUGCAUCAAUAAACUUUUUUUUUUU